AUGACAUGGGAAUCAGCUCAGCAGCAGGAAAGAAGGAAAAGGAGAAGAAGGGGACGGCAUGUUGGCGCAAACAAAGAAGGCAGAGCGGUCCCACGAUCAAUGCGCCGCGCGCGACCUCAACACCGACCGAUCAACUACCACCUGCAGACAGACCACUACCAACACCACCAGCCAACCAGCCACCUUCACCUUACGCGCUCCCCGUUACUCCAAUCGCCUGUCGAUUGCGCCUGUGUUCGCGCGCUUCUCUCCGUUGCCAUGGACUCGCCGUCCGCCCAGGAUGCGCUCGCCGACGACACGUCGACUUCAUCACCCCAACUGCUGUCGCCAGACCAGCAACCUGAGUCGCCCUCGUCGCAAACCAACUCACCCACUAUCGAUCCCCUCGUGUCGCGCGUAGCCGAGCGCAUUGCCGCAGCAAUCAAUGACUUCAAGCGCGAGCUCGACCAGCGCGACAGCGCCUGGGGAACGGCAAAGGGUUCCCUCGAGCUCUCGCUGAAGACCGACGACUCGCGCACCUAUGAACUCACCAUCGUGCAAGAUGAAGACGGCGCCGAGUAUCCCAUUACAGUGCGCCCGAGCCUCAAGGACGUCAAAAGCAGCGCCAACGGUGGUCGCGAUUCCACCGCCCGCCCUGCUGCUGCUGCUGGGUCCACUGCGCAGAAGCGCACAAGGCGCGACUCGGACGGCGAACUGGAGAAGGACUUUGUGUCGAGGAAGAAGCGGAAAUUGGAGGAAGAAGGGAUGGACGCCUCCGGCAAGCGUGCGCACACCGACGAGGUGGAUGAGGACGAGGACAUCAUGCCCCUCAUCUCCAAGGAGGACCUGGAACACCUGCUCUCGAAGCUGAGGGACGAGAUACAGGACGACACAGCAGAAUGCGUCAAUCACGUACAAAGACUACUGCGGCGAUUCAAGGACGAAUGGCACGAGCGAAUCACAUGGGAAGAUGAGCAUGGUGGCCCAGCAUCGCGUCAAGGUCCAAUGUCUGCCAGGGGCUCGGUCGGUGGUGCCGGAGGAGCUCCAUUCCCCUCGCCCAUCGCAGAAAGAGACGACCAGAACACCUCCACCAACGACCUCAUUCGCCAAGAAGUCAAGUUACUGUCCAGCCAGAUCAAAUGGGUGGAAGAGUGCAGGAGGGUAGCCGACUCCCUCCACGACAAGCGGGAAGAAAACUGGCGCACUUCUUCGGCUAGUUUCCACGAUCGAAACCGUCAGGACAGAGAGCACUUCCAGAACCGGAUGCUGCACGAAUCGGCUGUGCAGGGCAAGAUGCUAAACGAGAUCCUCAAUGAGGUGAAAGCCAUUGGCCUCUAUGCCCAGAGCAUGAAGUGGGAGACGCCAGACCACCUAGCACCCCGCGCUGCAUAUCCAUCCGUACCUAUUCCUCCCGCCUUCCCACAGGCGCCACCGCCUACUGCUGCUACCGGGGCAGGAAGAGGACGGGGGAAUCAGAAUAAGCGAUGA